AUGAGGACGAGGAAGAAAACGAAGAAGAAACAGAAGAAGAACUUUACCGAAGGAGACGAUUUAUUGGAAGACGAAGAAGACAAAGAAGAAGAUAAGAAUGAUGAAGCGUUGCCAGAUGAGCGCGUAUCGCGCCGCGAUGCGGACGAAAAGUGGAAGAGGAAGAAGAAAAAGGCUGGCAAACGCGUCAAAGAAGAAGAAGAAGAAUUGGAUUUUGUUGAACUUGGCGGCUUCAACCACGAAGAGAAGAAGGAGAGAAAAAAAGUCGUUUCCAAGGAGGAAAUAGAACAGAGUCACAAACAAUUGAAGAAGAGAGGCGUGGUGUAUUUAGGAAGCAUACCACCGUUCAUGAAGCCUCUAAAGUUGCGCCAACUCCUCGAAAAGUUCGGUAAAUUAGAACGUAUGUAUUUAGCGCCAGAAGAUCCUGAACAGCGCGCUUUGCGAAAGAAAUACAAAGGCAAUACAGGAAAGAAGUUCGUCGAAGGAUGGGUUGAGUUUAAGAAUAAAAAAAAGGCUCGAAGCGCGGCAGAAAUGCUCAAUGGACAACCCGUUGGUGGUAAAAGAAGAAGUGCGCACUACUCUGAUCUAUGGAACAUUAGAUAUCUCCCAAAGUUCAAAUGGGAUAACCUCAUGGAGGAGAUUGAGUAUCAGAAAGCGGCUAGAGAGCAGCGCCAACGACUCGAGCUCGAAAUGGCCAAAAAAGAACGCGACUUUUACAUGGCGCGAGUAGAACAGGCCAAAAUGAUAGCAUCUAUGGAAGAGCGUCGAAAGAAACGCGCGGAAGAAAAUCCUGAUUCCGCACCAGAAUCUCCCGAGGAGCAAAUGAGAAUGGCGAAGCUACGAGAAAAGCAAGAAAAGUCACGACUGCUUCGAACGUUUAAACAACGAAAGGCGCUCGAUGAUCCAAGCAUAGAUUCAAAACAAGGAAUGAUGAGUCUCGAUAUGAUUAAAAGUCUCUUUGGCAAUCCUAUUAAGAAAAAAAGUGAAGUAGGAAUCUUCCAGUAG